GGACCUCUGAGAAAUGCCGGAAGCAGCCCAGGCAGGCUGGGGAUUGGCGCGUUCCUUCCCCGUAUUACGUGCCGUGAGGAGGACCCGCGGGGUCGUGCGGCGCUACCAGGCCGUGGAUGUGACUGACGCCUCCAGGCGAGCUUCCGAAGGGCUGGGUAGCUUGGCGCGAACAAGUCACCGAACCGAGAGAGUGGCGGCUGGCUGCUGCGGUGAGGUCAAACGAGUUGUAUUGACUGUAUGGGGGUUGUCCCUGCAUUUGCAACGCAAACAGCGCGCGUGUCAUGUGCUCUCGCAGAGGGUAGGCGCAGAACCGUAGAGUUUGUGCUUCAGAUGGGACAAAAAACUGCGAAACUCGUUCGCGACCAGGCUGAGCGACACUCGUCGGCGAGGACGCGUGUUGCGAAGAGAAAUGGGGUUAACGACGGAAUGUGGAGUGAAGAAACGCGGUAUCCAUCAGUGAUUCCGAACGCACGGGACAAGUGGACGACGCGACGCGAACCGACGAAAGAGCACCGUCAAGCCGCAAGCUGAGCAACAGGAGCCGCCGAAACUUUACCCGCGCAACCGACAACCCCCCCUAGCGGUCCAGUCCCAUGCACCAUGGCGGCUUGUUCACGAUUUGCGUACGCGACAGUGGAGUAUUUCGACAAUGAGAACAUUCAACGCUCACGAUUUACGAUAGAACGACCAAAGAGCUAAAUUCGCCCUUUUCUCCAAACUGCACUUAUCGCGUAUGAACCACGCGGUGGCGAAUUCCCCCGACCAGCCCAGGGCUGCAACCUCACACUGCUCCUUAUUCCAGGGAUGCCCAUGGCGUCCUUCCUCCGCUUCUUGAUCAGCCCAGCAUAGUCCGCCUCUUUUGUCUAUUAUCGCCGUCGCUCGUCAUGCAGCAGAUCCCCGACGCCGCCGGCAUGCCGCCCGGCGCGAUGUAUCGCGAUCUCGCGAAUCGGCGCUGGCUCCGCGCGUUUCUCUUCCACCUGCUCGCCAUCGGCCCCUUCCUCUUCCUCUGGGCCGCGCCGCUCGUCCUCCGCGCGGGUCUCCUCCCCUCGCUGUUCUCCUUCUUCUCCCUGCGCCUCUACCUCGCAUUCGCCAUUUUCGAUCUUUCGCAGCUCCUUUUCGUCCUCGCUCGCCGCGCCAUCGUCGUCGCCGACGCCCCGCCCCUCCCCUCCAGCGCGUCCCUCCUCGCCAGGAUCGCCGGGCUUUCCGGCGCCGCGUCGCCCGGCCCGCUCGUGCAUCAGGACCACCAGAUUCGCGCAACGCACGGCGAGUCUCGCGCGCCCGUCAGCCAGUGGGAGGUGGAAGCGGCGUGGGCGACGCUGUCUGGCCGCGCUAGGUUCGUCUCCCUCUGCGCCGCGGCGGGCAGUGCGGGAGCGAUCUCGCUGUCGCUCUUCCGCGCGCAGCUGCUGGGCGACGCCCCCGAGAUCGAAUCCAGCGGUGCGUGGCGGCAGGGCGGUGCGGCUGUGGCGGCGGAAGGUGGGUUCGGGGCGGCGGUGGGGCUGCUGUUCGCGGCGUAUCACGUGGUGCGGCGCGACUACCUCCUCGCGUUCCCCGCGCUGCAGCGCGCCCCAUUUUACCGCUUCAAGACGAGCCUCCCCCGGUGCGCCACGUCAGCAGCCACAUUCGGCUGUGUCACCUCGCUCCUCUGGUCGCUCCUCCUCCGCCCCCUGCUCCUCCCUCUCCUCGCCGCCGCCGCCACCACGGCUACCGGCAUCCCCCUCCCCUCCCUUUCUCCCCCCUCUCUCUCCCUGCCCGCCCUCCUCCUCGCCCUCCCCGCCUGUGCUUACUCCACCGCCUUCCUCGCCUUCGCCUGGGAGAGCGCUGCCGUGGCCACAGACAUCUUCCUCACCCACCGCCACCUCUUCCUGCCCGCGCCCUCCUCCCCCGCCUCCCCCAUCGCCCCUCUCCUCCUCGCCCUCUCCCCCCCGCCCUCGUCCUCCCCUUCCUUCUCCGCCCCUCCCUCCGUCUCCUUCCUCUCGCUCCCCUCCCCCCCCUCUCUCCACCGCCUCAUUUUCCAUUGGGCCUUCCUUGACCUCUCCCUGCUCGCCGAAUCAGAGGCUGACACGUGGCGCCGCGCCGCCCUGUUUGAGUCACAGGAUGUGUACAGUGUGAUCGUGUCUGCGUGCAUUCUUCCCAUCGACAACAUGACUGUCAGAGUGGCUGCUGCCGCUGGUUACCCUACCGUUACGAGUACACUUCAGCAGCAAUCCGCGUUCCAGUCACCCAUGACUGCAGCCACAGGAGCCGGAUUCGCGUCUGCUAAUGGGCUGCGGUGGCGGCAGGGGAGGGGGGGAGGGGAAGGGCAAGAGGGGCAGGCGCCACACGCGGGAGGGAUAGGCGGAAGCAGUGGAUAUGGUGGAUUCGGGGGGGCGGACUGGAAUGGUGGGCGGGGAUCAGAUCCUGGUGCGGCAGGGGCAGCAGGGCGGGCUGGAAUGGGUGUGGGUGGAGUGGGGGGGCGCAGAAGAGGGGCGAAGCAGCCGAAUGCAGCAGAGGUGUUCUUUGACUGGCAGCUGUGUGCCAUGAGCAUACGCGCGCUUGCAGCGCUGACAGCAGCGUCCCGAGCGGAGGACCGCCUGGGCGUGGCGCAGAUGUCGGGCGCCAGCGCUGCGGCACUCUCCUCGCUGCUCUCCGCGCUGCUCGCCCUCGAUGCCCUCCUCCUCGCGCCUUCCCACCACCACACUGCCGCCCCGGCCACCUUCUCUGGCUUCGGGGAAGCUUCCUCCCAAGCCACGCCUUCAGGUUUUUCUCAACGUGCCUUCUUCCACCAAACUUCGGGUCUAGCCUCGGGAACUGGAGGUUUGUUUGGCACACCGACCCUGGGUCUUAGGUUUGGCAGCACCGAACCAGGAGCUUCCUCUGUAUCAGCAGUGGGAGCAGGGGACGCAGCAGUGAGCCGGACAUUGUACGGCGAGGGGCUGGUGGGGCCGGUGUGGGGGGAGGCUUGGGCCAUGGCAGACGUGGUACGAACCGCUCUGUACCGCAUUGGGGAGACAUUUGGGGAGGAGAUGGUGGAGAAGGGUGGGGGGGGAGGCAUGGGAGGAGGGAGAGCAGGGUCGUCGUGGAAGGUGGGCGAGGCGUGGCUGCCUGGAGACACACAGCCGCUGUUUGGGUCGAGAGAGGCGCAUGCGGCCAAGCUGCUGUCUCUGCUGCGCCACACGGAGUGAGGUCCCCUUCCCCUCUCCUGUAGCUGGAUGACACACAUGAGAUGGCCUGAUGGACGGCUUUUAGCUGUUUAUGUGAUGCAUGCUGGUCACCCUUACUGGUGCAUGCCGUUGGUUUGUUCCCCGCACAGCACACACAUGCACGAAUAAUCAUGCACAUCCAUAGAAACGGGCUGGUGCUGAUGUUGUCUGCAGAGCAAAUCAUCGGAACGUUUGGUGACCAUUGAAAGCUCAAGCCGAUCAACGAAGGAUUGGAUUGGCAUGAACAGUCUCAUCACUAUGUACAUGCUACUACUACACCAUCCAACUGGGCAUUAACAAAGUCCCGAUUAAAGCCCCCACUGCCGCCACGUCUUGAGGUGCGGGUUGCAGCGCCGCGCGUUGCUGAUGUCGUGGCAGCCGUAGUACGUGUGCUGGGAGAACCAGCGGAACAUCUUUCAUACAAACGAGGGGAGAGAUAUAGUAGAGAAUGUAAGAGGUGAGUAGUAUAGGGGAGCAGAUGUUAAUGGCAGCCAGGGGAAACAUGCUAACAGACUCACCAGAUGAAAGCACACUGGAAAAUAUGUACAUGAAAGUACACCAGAUAAACCCGCAUAUUACCU